ACUCGCGCGAUCAAGGAUAUGUACGAUGGGGCUAUGACUAGGGUAAGGACCUUCGGGGGCGACUCUGAGUCAUUCUCGGUAGGGAUGGGGUUGCACCAGGGGUCUGCCCUUAGCCCUUUUUUGUUCGCCUUGGUGAUGGACGUCCUAACUCAAGGUGUGCAAGAAGGGGUCCCAUGGUGCAUGCUUUUCGCGGAUGAUAUUGUGCUUAUCGACGAUACACGUGAGGGACUAAACGAUAAGUUGGAACAAUGGCGCCUUGCCCUUGAGACUAAAGGGUUCAGAAUAAGUAGGAACAAGACUGAAUACAUGGAGUGUCGUUUCAGCGGCAGAGAAACAGAAUCAGAGGUGGAAGUUAGGAUUGACUCUCACCUAGUACCUAAGGUAGACAGGUUUCGAUAUCUUGGCUCGGUAAUCCAGGCUGAUGGGGAGUUAGACGGGGAUGUUGGACAUCGUGUUGGAGUGGCUUGGGCCAAAUGGCGGUUGGCUUCAGGGGUAGGCAUGGCGCCGGUGGAAGAUAAAUUGCGGGAAGCGAGGUUGAGAUGGUUUGGUCAUGUGAGACGGCGGGAUGCUGACGCCCCUGAACGGAGAUGCGAGCGGAUUACGGUUUUUGGGGGAAGUAGGGGAAGGGGUAGACCUAAGAAGAAUUGGAAGGAAGUGAUUAGACAGGAUUUAGGACUUCUCACCCUGACUGAGGAUAUGGCUUUAGAUAGGAACCUUUGGAGAACUAGGAUUAGAGUAGCUGGUUAGGAACUCGGUGCUAUAGAGGUUGAGCCAGGGGUCUCAUGGAAACAGCCUCCCUGCUUCCAAGUAGGGGCAAGG